AGCUACGAGGAGCUAGUGUCCAGAGAGCAGCUAGCGCUGCAGCACGGAGAAGCUGGAGCGGCUUGCGGUCUGGGAACAACUGGGUGUGAAUCGCAGUUCAGACGCGUCCCGUUUGUAUAAUGAAGAAAAUAAAAGGAUUUACAUCCUGACGUCCACGUCGUGGUCAAUGAGGGUCUGUCGUGGCAUCGCUGAAUGACAUGGAUGCAAGUGACAACAAGGAUGUAAAACUAUCGGCAGAAGUGGAACCGUUCAUCCCACAGAGGAAAGGUGUGGAAGGGCACUUGGUCAGAAUGAGUCUCCCUGGAGAGUCUGGGGGCAACAACAACAACAACAUCAGCAGCAGCAACAACAACAACGGCGGUGGUGGUGGAGGCGGAGGCGGAGGAGGAGGAGGAGGAGUCGAGACAACCCCCAUCCCCAGCUACCUCAUCACCUGUUACCCCUUCGUCCAGGAGAACCAGCCCAACAGGCAGCACACGGCGAUGUACAACGGAGGAGAGCUGCGCUGGCAGCAGCCCAACCCCAACCCCGGUGGGCCGUACCUGGCCUACCCCAUCAUGCCCUCCCCUCAGCCGCCGGUCUCCAACGACUACGCCUACUACCAGAUCAUGCCCGCACCGUGUCCGCCCGUCAUGGGCUUCUAUCAGUCCUUCCCCGGACCCUACCCCGGGUCCGUGCAGGCCGGGGUGGUGAACCCCGUCUCCGCGGCUGACGUCGGCGAGAGACCACAUUUCGGACAAGCCUUUGGACUGACCAAUCAGAGAGGACGGGCUCUGAUCCGGCCCCCUCUGCUGCCCAAGCAGCAGCAGCAGCAGCAGCAGCAGCAGCAGCAGCAGCAGCAGCAGCAGCAGCUGGGGGCGUGCCACCCUCUCCGGGGCCGGCGCCCCCCCACCAGGAGUGUAGCGGUGCAGAAGGAGGUGUGCGGGGCCCCGGGGCCCAACGCUAGAGCCAGGACGGUCCUGCUGGUGGACGCAGCGCAGCAGACCGACUUCCCCGGGGAGGUGGCCAUGCGAGCGGGCGCGGAGCACGGCAGCCCCCUGCUGUGGAAGAGCCGGCCCAAGAGGAGGCAGGGGUCCAACGGGGGGGCGGAGGGCUACAGCGAGCAGGGGGGCGGCGGGGGAGAGGUGGACGUCGACAGCGACAGCGGCUAUUGCAGCCCCAAGCACAACCAGACGGCCGCCCAGCACGCCGCCAUGGGCACGCCAGCGUCCACGGGAGUAGAAGCAGGUGUGAUGACAGCAGGGAGCUGGGUGAAUGUUGCCCCCCAGGCAGCCCAGAAGCCCUGGGGGGAGAGGAAUGGCCCCUACCACAGAGGAGACCAGAGGAAGCCCCCUGACCAGAGAGGCUUCCCACAGGAUUUCCAUGUCGGAGGCUACGCUGGCCGCCUGCAGCACAACCUGAACGCCAACCCCACAGACAAGAGGCUGUUGCCCGGAGGGGCCCCCGGGUCCCAGGCCGCUCCCGAACCCCUGUACUUUGAGGAUGAGGAUGAGUUUCCGGAGCUGGCCCCAAGCGGGUUGGCCCAGCGCAACGCCAAGGCGGAUUCCAACACGGGGCCGACGCAGACACAAGCCAAGAUCCACAAGAACCUGCUGGACAACCUGCCGGAGAACUCCCCCAUGAACAUCGUGCAGACGCCCAUCCCCAUCACCACCUCGGUGCCCAAGCGGGCCAAGAGCCAGAGGAAGAAGGCGCUGGCGGCCGCCCUGGCCACGGCCCAGGAGUACUCCGAGAUUAGCAUGGAGCAGCGCAAACUACAGGAGGCGCUGACCAAGGCGGCGGGCAAGAAGAGCAAGACCCCGGUGCAGCUGGACCUGGGAGACAUGCUGGCUGCGCUGGAGAAACACCAGCAGGCCAUGAAGGCCCGGCAGCUCACCAACACCAAGCCACUGUCCUUCACAGUGGGGACGACGGCCCCCUUCCACAGCUCGGGCCCCAGUGGUGUGCCGUCCGCGUCCAAGGGCCACCACCACCACCAGCAGCAGGCCGGGCCCCCCUCCCACAACGCCCUCGACUCCACCGCCCCCCGCGUCCGCAGGGGCAAGGAGCGAGAGAUGCCCAAGGUCAAGCGUCCCACGGCGCUCAAGAAGAUCAUCCUGAAGGAGCGCGAGGGGAAGAAGGGGAAGCCCAGCGUGGAGCCAGGGACCUCGGGCCCCGAGGGGCAGAACCCGGACGAGGAGCUCCACUUCACUGACGACCUCACGCAGGAGCCCGCCUCCCAAGAGGAGAACGGACUGAGCAUGCCCAGUGACGCCUCCCUGUCACCGGCGAGUCAGAACUCUCCGUACAGCAUCACGCCCGUGUCCCAGGGCUCCCCCGCCAGCUCUGGCAUCGGCAGCCCUAUGGCGUCCAACGCCAUCACCAAGAUCCACAGCCGGCGCUUCAGAGAGUACUGCAACCAGGUGCUGAAUAAGGAGAUAGACGAGAGCGUGACCAUGCUGCUGCAGGAGCUGGUGCGCUUCCAGGAGCGCGUGUACCAGAAGGACCCCACCAAGGCCAAGUCAAAGCGGCGGCUGGUCAUGGGCCUGCGGGAGGUCACUAAGCACAUGAAGCUCAGCAAGAUCAAGUGCGUCAUCAUCUCCCCCAACUGUGAGAAGAUCCAGGCCAAAGGUGGGCUGGAUGAAGCUCUGUACAACGUGAUCGCCAUGGCCAGGGAGCAGGAGAUCCCCUUCGUGUUCGCCCUGGGCCGGAAGGCUCUGGGGCGCUGCGUCAACAAGCUGGUGCCCGUCAGCGUGGUGGGCAUCUUCAACUUCUCGGGGGCCGAGGCCUUGUUCAACCAGCUGGUGUCCCUCACCGAGGAGGCCCGCAAGGCCUACAAGGACAUGGUGUCGGCCCUGGAGCAGGAGCAGGCUGAGGAGGCCCUGAAGAACGUCAAGAAGGUCCCCCACCACAUGGGCCACUCCCGCAACCCCUCCGCCGCCUCCGCCAUCUCCUUCUGCUCCGUCAUCUCCGAGCCCAUCUCUGAGGUCAACGAGAAGGAGUACGAGACCAACUGGAGGAGCAUGGUGGAGACGUCCGACGCCCAGGAGCCUGCCGUGGCUGAGCCUAGCCGCCUGGCCCCCGCCUCCACCUCCAACGCCGCCGCCGCCUCCCAGAAGGACCACCACAGCCCAGCCGCCGCCGCCAGCAGCACCACCACCACCACCACCACCAGCAGCCAGGUGGUGACCCAGGCGUCGCCCGCGCCCCAGCCCAGGGGGAGUGCGUCGAUGGCGGGCAGCGGCGGCGGCGGCGAGCGGGAGGAGGGCCGCGUGGACGACCGGCUGGAGCUGGCCUCUCAGCAGAGCACGGAGACGGGCUCCCUGGACGGCAGCUGCCGGGAGCAGCUGCACUCGUCCAUCACCUCCACCACCUCCACCCUGGUGCCGGGCAUGCUGGAGGAGGAGGACGAGGAGGAGGAGGAGGAGGAGGACUACACGCCGGAGCCCAUCUCGGUGGAGGUGCCGCCGCUGAGCAGCCGCAUCGAGUCCUGGGUCUCCAAGACCCUGGAGAACCUGCAGCUGGGAAAGGACCAGGACAGCACGGACGACGAGGACGAGGACGAGGAGGAGACGGCGGGACAGAGCGAGGAGGAGAUCGAGUCGGCCGACCUCCCGGAUGAGCGGGCUGAAGGCGAGGAGCAGGCGGAGACCAAGAAGAAGGCGGGUUGAUCCCGCGACGACUCCUCCUUGUUCUUCUCUCGCUUCAGACUUUCCUUUUUAUCGGUUGAUUUUUAUUUGUCAGUUUUUUUUCGUUCAUCCGUUUCAUCCUCUUUCCGUCGUGUCCAGGGCGACUUCACCCCCGUCUCCAGACACCCAGACAUUAUCUCAGGUAUAUCCAGCGAACCCACCGCGUGUGUCCGCUCCACACGGACACACACACCCCCUCCACCACCGCACGCAGCAGGCUGAGGUUCUACAGAGAGACAGAGGGGCAGCCCAACCCAAACCUAAGACAGUCACAAAUACACAACCCAACACCUUCGUUCUUCUCCUUUUGUUUUGAUUCCCUUUCUUUUUCUGAUCUGCGAAUACCUGAUUUUGCCCUAUUUUCGUUUUCUUCUGUUUCUUUUUUCCAACACGUGCGUCUCUUAAGAGGAACUGGCCCACUGCCUGUUUACACUUGAAUCAGAGGAUUACCGAGAGGAGAGAGAGAGAGCGAGAGAGACGGUAGGCUCCACGGACGGGGACCCGGGCUCUGUCCCGGAUCCCUUCCUCUCUUCCACCCCUCAUGUGUCUCUCCCCUUCAGAGCACAGAGUUCACUACGUUUACGGUCUCUGUUUGCGUGUACGUGUGCAUAUAUAGCUGCGUGUGUGUGGGUCCAGUUUGUUUGUAGCUGGGCGCUAGCUGCUACGAGACCUAGCGUCCCGCCGUGUGGAUUAGCUUUAUGUUCUGACAAUAUGCAGUUCCAUCAUUUUUAUUUCUUUGACUUAUUUGCAGCUUCUUCACCCCCCCCCCCCCCCCUUUCUCAAGAAGGAAAGGAUAUCUAUGUGUGCACUAUUGCUGUGAUGCUUUUUAAUUCAGCAGGAUAUUAGCACUCGGGUUUUACUCAAGUGAAACUCACUCCCAUCUAGAAGUUGUCCUUUUUUUUUUAUCGUUUUGUUUUCAUUAAUAUGUUACAUAAACAAACAAGUCAAUUUGACCCACUAAUGGUUCAAGAUGCUUGUAUGUGUAUAUAAAAUGACCUGUAGUGUCUGCUCUAUUUGGCCGUGCCUGGUGUGAAAUGAUUCUUUGUUUUAGUGUGGAGUGGUGUUGCAAUCCGUCUGCAGUCUUGUCGUGUUUCCAUCUUGGGUUACUCUGCUCUGUCCCUAAUAAGACCUGCAGAGCAGAGGACACACACACACACACACACACACACACACACACACACACACACACACACACACACACACACACACACACACACACACACACACACACACA